AUGAGUUUGGUGUUAAGCACCUAUUGGUUAGCGCUUAUCACCCGGAAUCUCAAGGUGCACUGGAGCAAUUCUACCAGAGAUUUAAGUCGAUGCUCCGAAAAUUUUGCAUUGAGACCGGUAAAGAAUGGGUUGAAGGCUUACCUUUGAUUAUGUUUGCUGUAAGGGAGAGUCUUCAGGAAUCACUGGGUUUGAGUCCAGCAGAGCUGGUGUUUGGACACACCAUAAGAGGCCCCCUUAAGUUAAUCAGUGAGCACUUGCUAUCACGGAGCUCUUCGCCGAUGUCUGUCCUUGACUGUCAGUUAUUUUUGUGAACAACUUCACCAAGCCUGUGAGAUUGCUAAACCUCAUCUUGCUAACUCUCAGAUGGAACUGAAAGUGCAGUAUGGUCGUAAGAGUGUGGCAUGUAUUUUUCAGCCUGGUAGGUCUGUGCUCUUCCUGUGCCUGGAUCUGCAUUGCAGGCUAGGUUCUCUGGAUCUUACACAGUAGGAAGGAAGCAAAGUGAUACCAACUGUCAUCUGUACUCCGGAUCGGAAGUGUAAAAGUAGGGUAUGUCAUGUGAACAUGCUAAAGGCUUAUGUUGCAUGUUAUGUGAAUAAAGUGAAUGCCCUUAAGUCAGUGUCUACUAGAGUUUUGCCCCAGCAUAUUCCCUUGAAGAGGAUGGGUUAGUGGCAAAAGAUGCUCAAACUUUGUGUGCCAGCUUACAAAAUUCUGUUGUUUUGGCUAACUUAAAGUCCUGCCUUUCUCAUUUGUCUGCAAGUGAGUUUGAAGCCAUUAAUAGUUUGAUUGGUAAAUAUCCCAGCCUUUAUGCUGGGAUAUGGUUGAUGUGCCAUCCCAAACUACUGUACUAUGUCAUGAUAUUGAUGUAGAUAAGUCAACCAAUUGAGCAACAUCCUUACCGUGUGAACAAAAGGAAGCAUGACUAUGAAAUUGGAGGUCCAGUAUCUACUUGAUCAUGUUAGGCUGUGCCUAGUCAAAGUGCUGGGAGUUCCCCUUCUAUAUUGGUACCUAAAUCUGACUCCACUUUUAGAUUUUGUACUGAUUAUCGUAAAAUCAUUGCUGUGACCAAGCCAGAUUCCUUCCCACUUCCCAGAAUGGAGGAUUGUGUUGAUCGAGUUGGUAGUGCAUGCUAUGUCACAAAACUGGACUUGAACAACGGGUAUCGGCAAAUUCCCCUAACACCUCGUGCUUCAGAAAUAGAUGGCAUGAGAAAUUUUGUUGUCCAAAAGAUAUGUCCAGUUGUAUUGUGUUUUUGUAUUACAACCUUUGGCUGUAAUCUUUUGCGGUGAGGGUGUUGCGUCUAAGGACGUGUGUUCUUUUUUCCCCCUUCUCCUUUUCUCCCUGUUUCUCUACAGGUUUAUUAGUAGGUUAUGAGUUAUACUAUGUUGAUUUGAGGAUUUUGGGUUGACCCCAACCCCCCCUUUUGUUUUUGUUUUGUAAGUUAUUUGUUAGUCUAUACUUUUGUUAUUGGUCUUUACCUACUAUGUUUAUGUUUUACUUUUUUUUUUGUUUAGUAGAGACUUAGGUGCCAUUUCCUGUAUAUGUUUUUGUUUUCUCCUGUUUAAGCUAGUUAGGGAGUUAAUGUAUACUUAUUGUAUUUUUUUGUUUCUUUCUCUUUUUUUGUAGUUUAGUUAGUUUCUCCUUAAUAGUUAGAUGGUUUGUUUGUUGUUUUAGCCUUGCCCUCUCUUGAAGCCUAGAAAUCCCCCCAUAUUGGUAAAUAAAAGAACAUGUUUUUGACAUUGGGUUGUUGUUGGUUUUUGUGAAAGCACUGGGUUUGGGAAUUGAACCUUGCUGUCUCCACACAUCACAUCAUUUUUAUUCUGUUGCAAGUCCUCCAACCCUAGACUAAUUGGGGACGUAACGGUGUGUAUCAUUAUUUGUCUCUCCUUCAGUCCUGCUGAAAAAUCAGUGCCUUGUCUUGGUGCUGCCUUGGUGUACAAGCUCAGUAUUCAUAACCAAAUUCACAUGCUUCUGAGUGAAUGAUAAAUAUGAGACCAGGGCUCACUGUGUUCAUGUGGUGUCCAUGUUGAAUUGCGGAGUAGUGUUUAAUGCUGCCGCUUUCUUAAUAUCCUAAUUUGUUUCUAAAAAAAAAAUAAAUAAAUAAAUAAAAAGCAGUCCUGCGGAAGAAAGUGCCUCUCCUACCUAAAUGAGCCUAAAGUUUAUAUAUUAACAAGUCUAAUUUGACAUGUAACGUUAUCAUUACGCAUGCACUGGGCUUUUGCGCACAUUUUUCCAACCAUGUUUGCACACACCGUGUCCUUUUCAGUAAGAUUUCCAGGUGUGCAGUAGUACAUUUAAAGACCAUUAUGUUCCCUGCAGGCUGAUGGAUCUGGGUUGCCGGAUUGGUUUUUAUGGUUUCUAGCUGAAAAAGUCCUUUCCCAUUCAAAACGAUUAGCUAAAUAUUUAUAACUAAUACUUAGUUUAAACAAUUCCAAAACCAUGACAGUGUUCGUCAAACCGCUCAGCACAUUUUCUCUUCACAAGAGAAACAAGCAAACACAUCAUGGCAACCCUGUGCGGGGCGCGUGCUGCUGACUGGCAUGCGGGAGUGACGCGCACGAGAGGAGGCGGUCCGAGUGCCAACAGCAUAUAUAAAAACCCUCCACUCUGCCACCGCGUUACACCUGACACUUCAACAAGCACGGCAUUUUAUUUCUGAAGCGAGGGGAUACUCCUUAAACUCCCGACAGCCGAUUUCACGGAUCUAUAACUCGCAGCCAUGAUUAAGAAAAUGUCUCCAUCAGAGAACGAGUUUGACAUCCCGGCAAAGAACUGCUACAGAAUGGUCAUUCUGGGCUCCACUAAAGUUGGCAAGUCGGCAAUAGUGUCCCGGUUCCUUACCGGAAGGUUUGAUGACCAGUACACACCAACUAUAGAGGACUUCCACAGGAAACUUUACAGCAUCAGAGGAGAUGCUUACCAACUGGAUAUUCUGGACACCUCUGGAAAUCAUCCGUUUCCUGCUAUGAGGAGACUGUCUAUACUGACAGGUGACGUCUUUGUCCUGGUUUUCAGUCUGGACAACCGGGAGUCGUUUAACGAAGUGCAGCGCCUGAAGCGCCAGAUCUACGAGACUAAGUCGUGCCUGAAAAACAAGACUAAGGAGAACAUGGCCGUGCCGCUGGUGAUCUGCGGGAAUAAAGGAGACCGCGAGCUCCAGCGCGAGGUGGCGCGGGAGGAGAUCGAGCAGCUUGUGGCCGGGGAUGAGCAAUGCGCGUACUUCGAGAUCUCCGCCAAGCGCAACACCAACGUGGACCUGAUGUUCCGCCAGCUUUUCGCCAUGGCCAAGCUGCCCAACGAGAUGAGCCCUGACCUGCACCGCAAGGUCUCAGCGCAGUACUGCGACAUGCUACACCGCAAGUCCUUUAAGGGCAAGAAGCCGAAAGACUGCGACGCGUACGGUGUGGUUGCGCCUUUCGCGCGCCGCCCCAGCGUGCACAGCGACCUCAUGUACAUCAAGGAAAAAGCGGUCGGCGGCCCCCAGAGCAAGGACCGGUGUGUGAUCAGCUAAGAGCGUCACUUCGAACUAUGAAAAUACUUUGGAUGAAACACGGUUGUUGAACUGCACGCCGGACGGAAGCGCGCGCGCUCUCCAGGCAGAGUGCAGAUGCGCGCGGCCUAAACCGUGAGCUGGCCGCCCUGUGACUGCGCGCUUCAUUAAACCCGCGAGAGUGUUGGUUGUGUCCGGUUCCCUCAGAGCGCUCGGUAGUCUCGAUUAGCUUCUCCUGAGAAAAUAGUGCUUGUUCCAUCUGCCUUUUUCAAGAUGUGGUGAAAGACGACGCGCGCGCAGAGCUGCACUGUUAAAUUACCUGCUAGUGUUUACAGUUUUUUAAUGUUUUAUAAAAUAAAUGUUAACUUUGCUUUUUGAACAAACUGUUGUGAAUGUUUAUUUAUUCUUUCUAUGACUGUAAAUGUUUUUUUUUUUAAGAAAUAAACAAACUGUUAAAUGAA